AUAGGACCAGAGAGGUCCACCUGAUGCUCCUGGGGACAGUGAGCUUGGAGACAGGACUGAGCAGAGCUUCUGGCCCCUUGCCCCACCAUCUCUUCCGUGCUCUGAUCUCUUCUUCCUCUCGCAGAACAUGAGUGAUUUUCACCUUGACCUUAGCCCCCUCAAAGAGCCCCUGGGUUUCAUCAAGCUUCUUGAGUGGCUCUUUUCCGUAUUUGCAUUUGCUUCUUGUGGAGGAUAUAAAGGUGUCACUACGCUUCUAGUUUCCUGUCAAGGGCUGGCGAACAAAACAGUAACAGCCUCUUUUAGUUAUCCUUUCAGGUUGAACAAAGUUAUAUUUACUUCACCAGAUCCUACCCGAUGCAAUGGCACUUGGACAGAUUUCUAUCUUGUGGGCAACUUUUCCUCCUCUGCACAGUUCUUCGUCACGUUUGCAGUCCUGAUCUUCUUCUUCUGCAUGGCGGCCCUGGUGCUGUACCUUGGUUAUAUGCACGUAUAUCGGAAUGGUAGUAAUUUCCCAAUGAUCGAUUAUGUUUUCACUCUCAGUGCUGUCUUUCUGUGGCUAGUCAGCAGUGCUGCCUGGGCAAGGGCCCUGGUUGAUAUCAAAGUAUCAACCGGUCCGCACGUUGUGGAAGAAAUACCGGCUUGCAAAAUGCUUGGGACAUCCUGUGUGUUUGCUUCCGUUUCCAGCAUGGGAAGUUUGAAUGUGUCCGUGGUUUUUGGCUUGCUAAAUAUGAUUCUGUGGGGAGGAAAUGCUUGGUUUGUAUACAAGGAGACUAGCCUGCAUAAACCUAACAGUAAUUCCCCAAACUCUGGGUUCUAUCCCCCUGCAUCAGGAAUCUGAACAGUUGUAGAUUUAUGCUAAAAUGGCCACGUUUCAUAUUGUUUACCAGUUUGAAUACACUGCAUUUCAAAAUCUUUUACUAUUAACCUUCACAAAUGUACAACUCGGAAAAACACCUGGUGUGGAUAGGAAAUGAGUACUUUGAAAGAAUUUAUUUACCUUAAUUGGAUACUCUUAAUUCAGUCAAACUCACAGACGAUGUCUACCUGGAAAAGAAUCUUUUUGGCAAAAUACAUUUCUGUUGUAAUUGUUAAAAAAAACUGCAUUUGACUUAAUUCUUGCCUGUAUGAUCAUAUUCGUGUUAUGCUGUACUUAUGUUUUGUCAUAAUCUGAGAGACUUGAAAUAAUUGUUGCACAUUAUACUGAUAAACUGCUUUAUCAAUAGGCAAAUUAACUGUCUGCUUAAACAGUUGUCUGGUUUAAAAAGUUUCCUCCACACCAGAAAAGGUAUUUUUAUAUUUGUGAUUUCAGUGUAAUUGUUCAACUGCUACUAUAGAAAAGAGAUUGGAAACAACUUGAAUGCCAUGUGAUGUAAUAGCAGAAGUAAAUCUAAGUGUGUGGGUUGGUAAUCAAAUUACCACCAGUGAUGUAUUUUAAAUUGGAAAAGCCCUCUCUGACCUUGAGAAUGCAAGUUAUGUGGGGGGAAGCACACAACUCAUACGAAAAUGCUCAAUUACUUAUAAGUUUGACGGUUUAAAAAAUGGAUGCUUAAUGUUUUCAAGCAUUGUCUCUGACAUGUACUCCUGUACUUUGGAUUCAGUUUACCCUAAUAAAUUGACGU